AUGUCCAUCUGCAGGAUGAGUUACAAGCAGACACCCUCGUCCUCUGAGCAAGGUGUGGCUGAAGAGGAUGGAGCUCAAGCCAUGGCAGAUGUGUUUGAGUUCCUGAUCGCUCUUAAACAGUGGGCUCAACAGGGGAACGAAGUGGCGCUGGAGAAGAAACUAGCCAACCUGACCCUGAGGGACAACACUGGAGCCUGUCCCCUGCACUACGCCGCGUCCAGGGGACACACUCACAUCAUACGCCUCAUCGCACAAGUAGCAGGAACCAAAGCGCUGAACUCGGCUGACCAGGACGGGAACACGGCACUGCAUUGGGCCAUGCAGAGGCAGCAGAGGGAGAGCUGCGCAGCCCUGCUGGCCCUGGGGGCCGACCCCAACAUCCUGAACAGGAGCACUUUGGCCCCGCUCCACUUGGCUGUCAGUCUGGGCCACAACACCUUGGUGGAGGAACUCCUCUCCCACAGCCAAACGGAUGUGAACUUGGAGGGAGAGCUCGGAAACACUGCUGUCAUGAUCGCCUGCUCAAAUGAUAACCAUGGAGCACUUAACACACUGUUCAAGCAUGGUGCGAACUUCUGCAGCCAAAACAAGUUGGGCCAUUUUCCUAUCCACGCUGCUGCUUUUGCUGGGGCGAAAAAAUCCAUGCAGGUUAUUCUUCAAAGAGGAGAGGCGAUGGGCCAUUCCAUUGAGGCACACAUCAACUACGUGGACAAGUACUGCAACAGCCCUCUGCACCUGGCUGUCCGUGGCGGAAACCUGGAAGUUAUUAAACUCUGCAUGGUGUACGGAGCCAAAAUAAACAAACAGCAGUGUGAUAAGUCAACGGCCCUGCAUUCGGCGUGCACACAAGGGGCCACGGAAGCUGUUAAGGUCAUGCUCUCAUCCUGCGAGGACAUCGGCCACGCCAUCAACAUCACAGAUGGGUCUCAACAGACGCCUCUGCAUAAGGCAGCUAUUUUUGAUCACCAUGAACUGGCAGAAUAUCUUGUGUCAAAGGGUGCUGACAUUGACUACACUGACUACAAGGGGCAUUCUCCGCUACUUCUGGCCACAAGCUGUGGGUCUUGGAGAACUGUAAACCUGCUGCUUUCUCAUGGAUGCAAUUUCACAAUCAAAGAUGUCAAUGGAUGCAACUUCCUGCACCUAACCAUCAUGCAACCACGAGGUCUCCGAAAUCUCCCGGAUGAAUUUUUACAGGACAAAAGGGUGCGACAGAUGCUACACGAUGAAGACACCGAAGGCUGCACUCCCCUUCACUACGCCUGUAAACUGGGCGUCCCGGACUCCGUCAGCAGCAUGCUCGGGCUAAAAGUUUCACCGAACCACAAGAGCAAACAAAAGAAGUCUGCUUUGCAUUUCGCCGCCGAAUUUGGGAGGAUCAACACCUGCUACAGGCUUCUGGAAACUCUAACGGACACCAGGUUGAUGAAUGAAGGCGAUGAGAGGGGAAUGACGCCCCUCCACCUGGCCUCCAGGAAUGGCCACGUCCGAGUUGUAGAGCUUCUGCUCCGCAGGGGAGCUCUGUGUCAAAGUGAUUACAAAGGAUGGUCGUGCCUGCAUCACGCUGCAGCUGGAGGCUACACUCAAACCAUGGUCACUCUGCUUGGAUCACACGUCAAGCUCCUGGAUAAAGCAGAUGAUGAUGGGAACACGGCCCUGCACCUGGCGGCACGCGAGGGACACGCUGUGGCCGUGCGGCUGCUCCUGAGGAGGGGGGCGCAGAUGCUGCUGAACAAGAGCGACGCCUCCUUUCUGCACGAGGCCAUACACAACCACAGGAGGGAGGCCACCGAGGAAGUGAUCGCGAGUGACAGAUGUGAUGAAGCUCUCCAAGCAUUUGACCGUCUGUCAAGCAAGAAGUGUGCUGUGCUGGACAUGAUAGAAAUGCUUCCUGAGACGUUUAAGUACCUUCUUGACAAUUGCAUAAAGGAAUCAGAAGAGGACCCUGACAAUGGAAACUACUGGAUGGAGUAUAAUUUCCAGUGGCUACAAACACCACACAAAUUUCUGGAGGACAAGGUCACCAACCGCACACCUCUUCCAGCUCUGAAUACUAUGGUGCAUCACAAUCGCGUUGAUCUGCUGACCCACCCUGUCUGCAGGAAGUACUUAGAGAUGAAAUGGAAAGCCUAUGGAGUGAAAGCCCACCUGUUGAACAUGCUGAUGUACAUGAUGGGCCUCAUCCCGUUGACCUAUCUCAUACUGAACCUGAAGCCCAGCCUCAACACCUCUGGCAACAGCACCUCACGCUAUAACAUCACCAUGGCAACAACAUCACUGCAUCAGCAAUGCAUGAAAAUAAACAUAUGCCUAUUCCUAACUCUGGCGAUGAAUCUCUACGCAGUGGGGAAAGAAUUAGCUCAGAUCUACCAACAGCGAACAGACUACCUACAAGACGUGACCAACAUGGUGGACUGGGGCUCGGCCAUCUCGUCUGUGGUGUUUGUGGUGGCUUUGCUGCUGGACCUGAAGAGUGACUGGCAUUGGCCCGUUGGUGCCCUCGCUGUGCUCUUUGGUUGGAUGAACCUGCUCCUAUACUUACAGCGGUUUGAACGUUUUGGGAUUUACGUGGUGAUGUUCAGAGAGAUUUCAAGAACACUCAUGAGCAUCGUCUCCAUCUUCAUUUACCUGAUACUGGCUUUCGCUCUGUCCUUCUACGCCCUGAUGCUGGGCCAGAAAAACUUUAGUGAGGUGCUACUAUCACUGAUGCAGACUUUUGUCAUGAUGGUGGGAGAGAUAAACUACCAGGACAUCUUCCUGAAUCCAUACUUGAAGGGCAAACUUGCUUUUCCAGCAAUCACAUUUUUGGUAUUUAUUGCUUUUGUGCUACUGGCACCCAUUCUCCUCGUGAACCUUCUGAUUGGCUUGGCUGUUGGAGACAUAGCAGAAGUGCAGAAAAACGCGACCCUUAAGCAAAUUGCCAUGCAAAUCGAAUUGCACACCAACCUGGAAAAGAAGCUUCCCUACUGGUUCAUAAAGCGAGUUGACAAGCCUGUUGUCAGAGUCUACCCCAACAGAUGUCUUCAGAAGGCAUGUGAUGCAUAAAU